AUGGAUGACUCUUCUGACGAUGAGAUCCAAGGUUUCUCAAAUAUACAAGCUCUUCACGUACAAACACCCUUGAUACAUUCGCCAAAACUCAGCAUCAAGCUGGAUUGCAAUAUUUACUUUAAAAUGGAAAACAUACAGCCUUCAGGAUCAGUCAAAAUGAGGGGUAUUGGCAACUUUUGUUACAAGGCAGUUGAAUCAAGAGGGACAGAUAUACAUUUGAUUUGUGGAUCAGGCAUAAACACGGUAUUAGCAGUGGCCUAUUGUGCCAGGCAAUUAAAUGUGAAUGCUAUCAUUGUCAUGCCUAAAGAGACAGCGAGUUCUGUCUGUGAUGCUGUUCGAUUAGAAGGCGCACAAUUAAUUUUGUUUGGUGAGGAUUGGGCAGCUGCUGAAUCGCAUGCUAGAAAACUAGUAAAAAGAAAUGGUGUCUAUGUUCCUUCCUCAGACCAUGAAUCUAUUUGGGAGGGCCACUCUACUCUUGUGUAUGAAUUAAAGUCACAAUUAAACGAUAUGCCACCAGCAGCUAUUGUGUGCCCUGUAGGUGGAGGUGGGCUACUAAACGGUGUGAUUACAGGCUUACAAGAUAUUGGAUGGAAAGAAGUCCCUGUGAUUGCAGUAGAAACACAUGGAAGUAAUGCGUUUCAAGCUUCUGUAGUAGCAGGCAAAUUAGUCUCUUUACCCAAGAUUUCUACCAUUGCUUCUGGACUGGCUUCAACUUCUGUCAGUAGUAAAUCGCUUGAAUUAAGUCUUGUGCAUCCUGUUGUGCCUUUUGCUGUAAGCGACGCUAUGGCUGCAGAUUCUGUUCGACUGUUUGCAGGUAAAAUAGCUUGA